GCUCAACCGGUUACGCUGGGAAAGAUAAAUACCCGAAACCGAAACGAGGAAGAGAGCCUGUGCCAUCCACACGUCUUUUCGAGCUUGGAAUUCUCCGCCGAAGUUAAAAGAAGAGAGUUUGCUUUUGCAGAGGUUUUAUAGAAGAUUCGUUUCCAGGUAAAGCUGCUCUUUCAGAAAUGGAGCUUUUCUUCAGAGGUCUAAAUGAAGAAUCAGCAAUGUCUGAGCAGUUCCCUGUUAGUCAGGAUAUUCAAAGAUGUCCAUUUUUAAGAAACAUCAAUGAGCCAACAAGUUUUUCAUUCACAUCGCCCUUGAAUUUUCCCAUGCCUGUAAGGGGAUCCAAAGGUCCAAUUUUCGAAGAUGGACCUAAUUUUGACAUGGCAUUUAGGCUUUUUCAUGGAGGGGAUGGAGUGGUUCCAUUAUCGGGAAGAUCAUUUCCACACCCUGACAAUUUUCAGCAUCAAACAGCCCCACAGUUUAACCCCUUAGCAGCGAAGGCAGCCACUAUCAGUCUCUCUGCUUUUGGACCUGGAGGCCCCUUCAGCUUCGACUCUUUUUCUGAUAUGUGGAAGAUGCAGAAAAGGAAGUCAUCCAAGCAAGAGUCUUCUUCUCAGAAAGGAGGAGAUUCUUCCCACGAGGCCCUGAGCAAUGAGUGGCUCGAAACAGGGAACUGCCCCAUUUCCAAGUCCUACAGGGCAGUGAGCAGGGUCCUGCCCCUGGUUGCAAAGGCUCUGCAGCCCCCACCAGGCAUCAAGUUCAAGUGCCCACCAGCUGUGAUUGCUGCAAGGGCAGCCCUUGCCAGGACGGCUCUCGUGAAGGGCAUCCGACCUCAGCCCCUGCCGGCAAAGAUGUUGGUGAUUGGCAUGUUGGGAAUGGCAGCCAACCUCCCUUUGGGUGUAUGGAGGGAGCACACAAAAAAGUUCUCACUCUCAUGGUUUGCCGCAGUUCACGCUGCAGUCCCCUUCAUAGCCAUGCUUAGGAAGUCUGUCUUAAUGCCCAAGACAGCGAUGGCAUUCACAAUCGCAGCCUCAAUCUUGGGCCAGGCCAUUGGUGCUAGAGCCGAGCGGCAUCGGAUAAAAUCAUUAGCUAGGGCAGAGGCAGCAGUGCAAGCUGAAAGCAGAGUGGUUGGUAACCCUGGUGCUGGCCAGGUUGCUCUUCUUAGAAGAGGACAUGAUAGCAGUGGGGGAGUGAUUUCAGAGCCCCAUCUGCUCGAGGCAUCAGAAACAUCUUCACCAGCGAUGGAUGUUUGUUUUUGAUAUGGAAAAGACCUGCAGCAACGAAUUGUUGCGAUGAUUAGUAGAUGGGCCUCGUGAGGGGAAUCUAGGAGUAUAAGCAAAAUGAAAUUGUUUAGGGUUGUGUUUGAGUGAACCAAAUUUCAUGAUAUUUUCCAGCAAAUUAGACUGAUUAAUCAUGAAAUAUCAUGAUAUUUCAUGAUGUUUGGUACAACCAAACACGCUCUGAUGCAUUUGAUGUAAUUCUAAUACUAUAUAUUUGUCCUUUUAAUGUCCAGAAUGAUUGCACGGUUGCUUGUA